UUUCUGAGAUGAUUCAUUUAUGAUUACAGUAGAAGAAUUAAAUUCGUAUUGUAUUUCUCAUUAAUUUUUUUAUGUUAUUUGACCACUGAUUGUAUUCCAGAUUUUGAAUCUAGUGUUUUAUUUUAAUUUGUUACAAUAACUUAAAAUAUAAUUAUUAUAGUAGCAUACUGAUAAUUAAUUGGAAUUAACCAAUUUACUAUUUUGAAGAGUAUAUUGCAACACAGCGAUACCAGAUGCUUUUUCCUUAGGUUUUAAUUAUCAUUUAGUUAACGUUUUACAUUUGAUUACGCAAACCAAAAAGUUAUGGCGAAAGAAUAUGACCAUCUGUUUAAAUUACUUAUAAUUGGAGAUAGCGGUGUUGGUAAAAGUUCACUAUUAGUUAGGUUUGCUGAUAAUACAUUCUCAGGUAGUUAUAUAACAACCAUAGGCGUCGACUUUAAAAUAAGAACUGUAAUUGUUGAUGGAGAAAAAGUUAAAUUGCAGAUUUGGGAUACAGCUGGCCAAGAAAGAUUCAGAACUAUUACGUCUACAUAUUAUAGAGGAACUCAUGGUGUAAUAGUUGUUUAUGAUGUAACUAAUGGAGACUCCUUUGCAAAUGUUAAGCGAUGGUUACAUGAAAUAGACCAAAACUGUGAAGUUGUUAAUAGGAUACUAGUGGGAAAUAAAAAUGAUGCACCAGAUCGAAAAGUUGUUUUAACAGAAGAUGCUCAGAGAUUUGCUGAUCAAAUGGGCAUCCAAUUAUAUGAAACUAGUGCUAAAGAUAAUAUAAAUGUUGAACAGAUGUUCAUGUCAAUUACUAAGCAAGUUUUACGAAAUAAAAAAGAAACUAAGGAAAGACAAGCACAUCAACAUAAUGAUGUCGUAAAUCUACGGAAAGGUCAUGCGAAAGGAGCAAAAAGAAAAUGUUGUUAAAAAUUGUUACUUCCUGCAUAUUUACAAAAUGAAAAUAGUAUAAUUCAAACAUUUGAUAAAUCAAUAAAUAUGUGAAAAAAAGUGAAGUAAUCAUAUAGUUUUGAAUUUCAAAUAUCACUCGAUUAAUAAAGAUAAGAAUGGUUAAUUUUUUUAGAAAAUUAUUUAUAUCAAUCUAUUACUUUAAUUAUGAAAUUCUUUCAAAGCUGUUUUUAAAUCUUUCAAUACUCAUAUAAUACUUUUAGGCGUAAUAGAAUUUUCUGGAUUGCAGGUAAUAUUUUAGGAAAAAGAAUAUAGUUUUAAUUUCUAUUGACUUAUUUAAUUUAAGUAACAUAUUUAGGUAUUGUAUUAAUUAAUUUUUUUUUAAAUUUUAAUUUACAUAAAAAGAAUAUAAUAGUAGUUAGUAAAAGAAUGACUUUUAUAUUUAGCCAGCCUGCUUUAGAUUUUUUACUUUUUUUGUAAUUGUAAUCUUAUUAAAUCAAAUUAAAUUUUUUUUUAAGUAUAAUUAUUUGAUUUUCAUCACUUUUUUUUUGUAAGCAAUAGUUAAUCAUCUUAAUUAAUAAUAUUUUCAUUUAUUUAUUUUUGGCAGUGUAAAUAUUCUUUAAUCAAUCAUCUUAUUAUUACAAUUAUUUAUAAUAUUAAAGUAAUAUUUAUAUAAACUAUAAUUAAGA